AUGGAUUUCCCGGCGGCGUCCAUGGAUCCCGGCCCUGGGGACGAGGGCGCGGCGCUGGCCAUCUCCCCUCUGCGGCCGGGCGAGAUGUUCCACCUGUUUGUGAGUUACAGCAGCAUGGAUGCUGUGUGGACGCGCGGGCUCAUCGGCCGGCUGGAGGCCGACCUCCCGGGGCUGCGGGUCUGCCUGCACGAGCGGGACUUCACCCCGGGCCGGAACGUCCUGGAGAACAUGGCCGAGUGUAUCCAGCAGAGCCAGAAAGUGCUGCUGGUGCUGAGCCAGGACUUCGUGCAGAGCCGCUGGUGCCUCCUGGAGGCCGAGCUGUCUCUCUUCGGCUACUGCCUGGAGCGGAAGCCGGUCAUCCCAGUCCUGCUGCGGCCCUGCCGGGUCCCGCUGCACCUCAGCCACCUGACCUACCUGGAGGCCACGGACAGCCGCUUCUACCGCAAGCUGGGAGAGCUGCUGUGCCGCGCCAGCCCCCGCCUGGAGCGCGCCCUGCCCGCCCGGCGCCCGGCGCCCGCCCUCUACAGCGGGAAGACCCUGCUGAGCCUGAGCUGCAUCAACAGGGACAGCCUGCCCUCGUGGAAGGUGGGGUCCUUCAGCACCCUGGUCAUCCCCGACCCCCUGCAGGAGGUGCUGGAGGACCCCGAGGUCUACAGGCACGCCCUGGGCAUCCUGAACGGCGUGCGGUCCCCCAGGUCCUGCCUCCGCUACAUGGGCUGCAGGGUCCCGCUGGGCAUCUUCCUGAUCGUCCUCUCCUUGGCGGCGUUCACCCUCCCCCUGAUUCUGGGGCUGCAGAGAAGCCCGCCGGCCGAGCGCUUCUACCUCAUAUCUGCCACGGGCUUUUUCUGCCCGCUGCUCGUCGUCCUGGGCGUGAACGCCCUGUGCUGGUUCCGGAGGUUCUCUCGGGAGAAGAUGCGGGAGCUGGCGCUCCGGGUGGGUGAGGCCAACGUGCUGCUGGCGCCCCACUCGCUGCUGAUGGGCUGUGACACCAUGAACAAGCUCUACUUCGUGUACGUGCUGCUGGAGGACUGCCGCCAGGUCUUCCUGCAGGCCCCCGACGGCGAGGCCCUGUUCCGAGAGGCCCUGCUGCGCUUCUCGUCCAGCUACACUUGCUGCGUGGCCCACGCGCACUUCCCCGCCUGGGAGGAUGCCCAGGGGGCUCCAGGCCACCUGGAGCUGGGCCUGUGCUUCUGCCAGUUCGUGUCUCUGCAGCUGAAGACACCCCAGGGUCUUGGGGUUAACCCUGUGUGA